UGAAAAAACGAACUCAAUCGUUUACUUUAUUCAAAUUUUUACCGCAACAUCUCUUGCUCAAGCCUCUUCACCCAUUAGCAAUUGCAAAGGUAUAAAUAAACGGAAAGGGAAUGUCAGUGUCAUACUGCAAUUGCAUCUUCAAACGGCACCAUGCUUGCGGUGGUGGUGCUUUUUUGCGUGUGGGCGUCAGAGGCCGCUCAACUCACCGGAAACGAGCAAAUUCCGAUCAUCAGUCAAGAGCAGGAGGUGAAUUUCGACGGCUCCUACCGGUCGUCCUACGAGACCGCCAACGGCAUCGCAGCUCAAGAACAAGGCGUUUUGAAAAACGCCGGCAAUCCCGAUGCCGAAGCUGAGGAGGUUCAAGGCUCUUACCAGUAUACGGCACCCGAUGGCUCGCCCAUUGCUCUGCAGUACAUCGCAAAUGAGAAUGGGUUUCAGCCUCAAGGUUCGCAUUUGCCCAUCGCUCCGACGCCGCCGCCCAUUCCCAUAGCGAUCCAAAGGGCCUUGGAGUGGAUUGCUGCGCAUCCGGAGCCGCCAGAACAGGGCAAAAGGUUCUAGUUGGAGGAAAUUUUUCGAGUUUUGUUACGUUGCCUGCGAUAAAAUAUGUGCUGUAAAAGUUGUGCCAUUAAAUUAAUAUAUGCACGGA